AUGUCGCCGACCCCCCCAUCCUCUUAUUCGAGCACAGCCGCAAGGCCUCCACCUCGGUUCAUCGAGCUCCGGCCAAAGGGAGAGGGUGUGUUGAUCACGUUCCCCGAGGGUGCAUCAGGCCAGGUCGAUUCCAGACGCAAACGACAUGCUAUCUCGCAGAAGAAUCAACGAGAUCGGCUAAAGGCGGCGCUAGAGCAGAUGGCUCGGGUGCUACACGCUGGUGGCGUUGGUUCUGGCCCCAGGGGGUUGUCUGGGACAAAGGUGCGUGUGCUUUGA